GAAGUAAACUACUAGCGUAUGAAAAUAUGUUAGUCAUUGUUAAUUUUGUUUCGUUUUUUUCAGUCUCCACAUUGUUAGCUAGCUAGUAAGCUGUUUACUCACUGAAGACGUUAGAGCUAGCCUACAUUAGUUAGACGAUAGCUAACGUUAGCUAGACAUCACUCCAUUUCCAGCUAUUGAUAUUCAGUAAUUCAGAGUUUAUGCAGAACGGUGACCAGCAUUACAGCAUGGAAGAUGAAACCUACACGGACAUCGACGGCAAGGCCAUCUCUCUGGAGUGUCAAAGUCACUCGGGUUUCUGCAGGGAGUUCACGGUUAGCUCGGCUAAAGUCUCCAUAGGCAGAGUGAUGGCUUACACUUGCGCCGUCUGGCUAUCGGCCUACAUCAUAUUCUUCGUCACUGAGAACACAGCCGUUCUCUCCAGUGCCAUAAUCAUCACCCUGGUCGGUAUGAUGGUUCACAUCCACUUUGUGAAGGUGGACCAUGAGACGCUGCUCAUCAUUGGUUCCCUGGGUGUCCAGGUGUCUUCUAGCUACGCCUCCGGCAGGGAGUCUACAGACUUCAUAGAGAUGGGGAAGAUCAAAGACAUAGUGAUUAAUGAAGCUAUUCACAUGCAAACAGUCAUCUACUACCUUUGCAUCCUGUUGAAGGACCCCUCAGAUCCAGAGGCAGUGUCUAGCGUGGUCCCGCUCUUUCAGAGCUCAAAACCAAGGCUGAACUGCCUGGUCAAAGUGUACAAGAGCUGCCAGGAGAUUCUAGCUAAGUGCUGAUGGUGAUAAUGUCAUCCUGGUCACCAGGCAUCUGGGUGAACCACAUUGACGUCAUGUUGGAAAAGCACAGUCGCUGACAUCACUGCAUACCAAUGCUUCAAACCACUGACUUCACCGCAUACCAAGUCAUGCAACAUGUUUUGAAUAUUUCUCUGAUUAUGUUAUCAAUUCUCAAUGGAAAGAAAAACUGAUGAUACACCUGUCAA